CAAAUAACUGUCUCCUCUCUAUUCUCCACCAACACAAAAACGCUCACAAACUAGCUUCUUUGGAGAAAACAUUAGAGACAAUAGUGGCGGUGGUGGGAACAAUGGCAGCCUCACUACAAGCAGCAGCUACUUUCAUGCAACCAACCAAGUUUGGUCGCACCAACACUUUGCAGCUGAAAUCUACUCAAUCCAUUUCUAAGGCUUUUGGGUUGGAGCCCUCUGCAGCUAAGGUCUCAUGUUCCCUUCAGGCUGAUUUCAAGGAGUUGGCUCACAAGUGUGUUGAAGCUACCAAGAUUGCUGGGUUUGCUCUUGCCACCUCUGCUCUAGUUGUCUCUGGAGCAAGUGCGGAAGGUGCUCCGAAGAGGCUAACCUUCGAUGAAAUCCAGAGCAAGACAUACAUGGAAGUGAAGGGAACCGGAACCGCAAACCAGUGCCCCACCAUUGAAGGGGGAGUGGAAUCAUUUUCCUUCAAGGCCGGGAAGUACAAUGCCAAGAAGUUCUGCCUUGAACCCACUUCAUUCACAGUGAAGGCAGAGGGAGUAGCCAAGAACGCCCCACUUGAGUUCCAAAACACCAAGCUCAUGACACGUCUGACCUACACCCUCGACGAGAUCGAAGGACCCUUUGAGGUUUCCUCUGAUGGCACUGUCAAGUUCGAGGAGAAAGAUGGCAUUGACUACGCUGCUGUCACAGUUCAGCUUCCCGGUGGCGAGCGUGUUCCAUUCCUUUUCACCAUCAAACAGUUGGUAGCAUCUGGGAAGCCAGACAGCUUCAGUGGGGAGUUUCUAGUGCCUUCAUACCGUGGAUCUUCCUUCUUGGACCCAAAGGGAAGAGGUGCGUCAACUGGUUAUGACAAUGCUGUCGCAUUGCCUGCUGGUGGCAGAGGAGAUGAGGAAGAACUUGCUAAGGAGAACAACAAGAGUGCUUCUUCAUCCAAAGGGAAGAUCACAUUGAGCGUGACACAGAGCAAGCCUGAUACCGGUGAGGUGAUUGGUGUGUUCGAGAGCAUUCAGCCGUCCGACACUGAUUUGGGAGCGAAAGCUCCAAAGGAUGUGAAGAUCCAGGGAGUUUGGUAUGCUCAGCUCGAGUCAUAGACAGCUUUAUCUCUCUUCUGCUUUAUUUUGUAUUUUGUUGUAACUUCUCAGUGUUGCUGCAAUUACCUUUGACACAACUGUCCAAGCAUGAGAGUGUUAUCCUUGUUUGUAUGUAUACUAUCGACUUUCAAUUAUAAUGCUCGAAAAUGUCAAAGGUUUAAA